AUGAGAGAGGCGGAGGACGUCGUUGAUGAGGUGAGGAGCGGACGGGUGGCUACCGUUCCGCCGGGAGGGCAUGGCUCCAGCGGCGCCGCCUUGUCGCCGUCUCCCUCGGCGCCAACGGAGGUUCCCCCGGCUUUGGCCGGUGGUGAGGAGGAGGAGGCGUUGAUUGCCCUCGUUGAGCUACGCUCUAAGGACGUAGAGCGCCUCCGGCAGCAUAUCGAGUACUACGAAUCGCAGGUACUCCUCCCUCUCCUAUCCCAUUCCCAACCGAAAGAGGCGCUAACCGGGAAAUGGCGGCAUUCUUUGUUGUUGUCAUCGUCAUCAUCAUCCUCUUUCGCUAAUUUGGGCAGCUGGAGGAGGCAGUGAUGAAGCUGAAGGAUUCGCAGUCGAAGCUGGCUCGCCUACGAUCUAAUGUGGCCUCCUCAUCGUUCUCUCCGCUGCUGCGGCCGUCUCAAUCGAAGGUGAAAGAGGAGCGAAUCCCCGUGCGAGGUAGUGAGGGUUACCGCCCUCAUCUUCAGUCUCCUGCCGUAGAGCAGGUGUCCCAUUCCAGACCGCCGCUCAUUAUCCCUGCAGUAAGACCCAUGCCGACACCCCCAACAUCCUCGGACGGCAGGAUGCCGGGUAGGGCUGGACGGUCGGAGGCGAGUGGGGUCGCAGCCUCUGCCUCAGUGAGAGCUUCUUUACCCACUGGCUCCUCGACCAGAGCCGCUUCGUCAUUUCCUUCGCAAACCGAUGGCACCAACAAUGGGCCGAAACGUAGUGCUCCGGGCACGCCGAGCCCCGAGCAGGACAAGGGAAUGAAGAGCUCGAAGAGGAAAACUGGUGAGCCUUCGACUUCAAUCAGAUCACUGUUCUCUGUUCCCUUUGUGUCUGCAGGAGGGCUGUCAACAUUUGUCAGUAUUACCAGCGAAUUCCCCCCCCCCCCCCCCCCCCCCCUCCCAAUUCGACUUUAAUCAUCCAGACUUUGUGUCCAAUUAAUGAUCGAGAAGCUGUCCUUCUGUUUCGGGAUUUGAAUUUGUUUUCAUCUGCGUCGACUGUUUUGGGGGUGUAUGCAGUGCAGAACGAGCAUAGCGACUUGAUUUCAAGUGUACGACAGUCUUCAUCGCCUUCGUUGAUUCAUGUCCGGUCAGGGAUGCUCGUCUCCAGCCAACACAAGAGGAAGCUGCGCUGUCUGGAGAUCAACAAGGUUGAUGAUCAGCUCUUUGUGACGAGGUACGUCUGCAUUCCCAUAUGGUAUGCUGCAUAAUUCGCCCUUCUUUUUUGCAUGAACUGCCCAAAAUUUCGACAUAUUUUUGGUGCCUGCUCUUGAGAUAACAACCAUUUUAAGUAACAUAUUUUGUGAUCAGUCGAUCGUAUUUUCCCUUUGUGGCGUAAUGCAUAACAAGGCCUCCUCCUCCAGUUGAAUAUCUUCGAUUUUCCACAAGUACAUGGUGACGGCCAGUUUUAUGACAUAUUUUGGCUAUGCCUCUGGAGGCACUGAUAAUGAUGCUUUUUUCCAUAUUGUGACCAUUGACUCAGGAUCCGCAACUCCUGCCUAUAUGACUAUGUGAAUGGAACCUGGAAGGUUUUAGGCAUCAGGUCACAACUGGUGGAUGGUAAUGGCAUGAUGGCUGGACCCUUGUUGUCAUUAGCUUCUGAAAUGCAUGUGGGUCAUUUACUGUUUUAUCUGCCAUAGCAGACCCUUCACAAUUGUGACAAAUGGGCUACCUUUGUUAUUUGUGACAACUCUGGUGCCCAAAUGUCUAAAACUCUGCCCCACGCUGUGGUGUCCUGCUCGGGAACUUAAUAAUCCCAGAUGACAUCAUCAUGCCAAUAUCCCCAUAGAAUCCCCCCAUUAAUCUUCUUUCUGUCUGUGCUAACUUUUCAUCCUCUCUUCUUUUGUUAUGAUCGUAAUGGCUUUGCAUGGACAUUGUUUAUCUACAAUAUGCUAAGAUCUUUCAUUAUAUUUGAUUGAAACUUUACACCGAUUGCCAUUCAAGCAAUAACCAUCAGUUAUAAUGUUUUUACCUGUCUAGAAUCAAAUUUCUUCCGUUGCAUGACAAAUCCUUUUGUUGGUUAUCUUUGUGAUUGAAGCUUUUGUGCAUCUCUCUCUAUCGUGGAUUGUAAUGAGUCAUUUAAUUCUCCCCCCCUCCUUUUAUUAUGCUUAAAUCUCCACCAUCCUUGGUGGUUGUGGUACCACCCAAUUUUAUUGAUAAAAUCGAGACUAUCUACUACUAGUUGAUUUACGUUUUUUCUUUUUGGCACCCACAUUUCAUUAUUUAUGAUUUUGAGGUUAUUCAUCCAUCUGUGAACGUCAUAAUGACACUCUAUAUUCCAUUUAUAUGACUGGUGGUAAUGAAACAAUAUGCUAUCAAGAAUUCUUCUCUCUUGAAACUAUUUCAAUGUCUUAUCGCAAAGAAUUAUGGUUAAAAUAAAUAGAAUUACGUUCUAUUCAUGAGUUUAGGAGUUUGCAACUUCUUGCAAUUAAGUUCUGGACAAUGGGACUUCCAGUAGUCAUGUUUUCAUCGAAAAUAUUCCUUCCAGUUUUCUGUUACUUACGGUGAAUAAUUUGCCAGGGAAAGUUGACCAUGAUUGAUUUGAAUGAUGUAUCCUCAUGUGUAUCGUGACUUACUAUCUCUCUAUGUCAUGAUGUCUGCUGUCAUAUAUACUUUCAAUGCUGUUAUGUAAAUCUUGACUAUCAUAUCUGCUGUCUGGUGGUUUCCAUGGUUUUAAUUGUUUGAAGAUUUCUUUUGGGCACGAAUUGAUGACUUCUACCACAAUAAGUUAUCUAAUCUGAAUAUUGCUCCAAUACAUUAUAUGUCUUUUUUCCUGCGAACUCUGCAGUGCCUUAGAUGGAGUCGUGAACCUGUGGCAACUGAGGCCGAAAGAGUAAGCUUAAAAAUUUGAUUUAUAUUAAAUUUUUUUGGUGAGAAAGAGCAUAGGAUUUUGUUUUAGAUAAACAUAAUCGUAUCAUGCAUUAUUUUACUGCUUAACUAGAGAUACGCUGCAUAAUGUGCACAUUGCACUGACAUUGUUCUUUACAACAACCGAUCACUCUUUUUGGAGUGGCAGCAACUAAUCCUCUGAAAAAUGGUGUGCAAAAUGGCAAGUAUCCUAGCAACAGAAAUAUGAGUUGGAUGAAGUCUGGAGAGGUACUAUUCGCAGCUGAAAUUAUAAUCACUCUGUAUGCCUGGCCCUCUCAUAGAGGACAUAAUUGCUGGUGGUUUGAAGAUUUCUCAAAUUUCCACAAUAGGACCGAACAGUAGUUCAAAUUCAUGGAUCUGGGAUAUGAUGGAACUUAAGAGUCUGAAUUGAUGUAUCAAUCAUAGCAGGGUAUUUUGGACUAGUUUUAAUGCAAGCUACAUUAUCCUCCUUACUCUGGGAGGCGGGAAUGGAACCUAGAGAGAUGCAAAAGUCUAUACUGGAGUGAUGAUUUGUAGGAUCGCCAACCGAAUCAGUGUGAAUGAAAGAUAUUGUUCUAGUGGGUGAUAUAAGUAACGUUCAAUGAAGGGUGCCACGCAGUUAUUAGAACAUUGAUGAGAACAAGGAAGUGGACUGAGUUGCAAGACAUAGGAAACUGACUCAAGAUAUGGAGGGCAACACUGAUAUUUGAGCGAGAGACAGUGAAGUGCAUAAAAGUACCAGCAAGCUGAUGAGAACAUGUAUGAUCCUCCAAGGCAAUACCAGUUGAUGGAUGAAGAUUGAGGUAUAGCUCUAUUUGAGUGUCACCCAUGAAAGAAUCAAAGAGAGCAGUGUGCUGAAGAAUAUCAUCAGUACAUCUCUGCUAUGACAGUACGUAACAUCAUAUAGAAUAGUCAACGUUAAGACUAAGUAAAUAGUGUAAAGGCCCAAGGUCUAUCUACCAUCUCGAACCAAUGAUGGAGAUGCGAAAUGAGUGAGGAUCGCAGUGCCACUGUCAUCAACAAUGACCGUCCCAGCGACAUAGAGAUUACAUAAUCACAGGAAGUAUAGAGGUCGUGAACCUCAACACUCCCACUGAAAUCAGUCCCAUGAACAGAAAAUCGCUCAUAUGUAGCCUUGAAUAGAUGGCAAGUGUGUAGCAGUGUAGAAUGACAAGGCUAAGGCUUAGAAGGUUACCAUGAAGAAAGGUAUUCUUUAUGUAGGCUGAUAGAGAGGUUAACAAUGAAUAGCUGUAACUGAAUGAGGGUAUGAACAAUGGUCAUUUGGGCCAUUGGAGAAAUUUUCCUUAUAAUCAAUGCUACACUCUUGGGUGAAACUUGCCAUAAAUUGAGGAUUAGUGUCAAUAUACUACUAAAUGAUCUGAUUUUCAUCUUACAAAUCUAUUGGCAGCCAAUAGGAAGAGAUCUCAAUAUCCUAGUGUGGAUCUACUGAAGAGCCUAAGCUUUUUCCAUAGCUUUUUGCCACGUGGGUAACUGCAUUGUCUACUGGAGACUCUCAGUCUCUUGGUAGGCAGGAAGGACUGUGAGAGAGGUAGAGAACUUUGGAGAGCAGAGAAGCCAAAAUAAGAUCAAGUUGAUUAGGAGGAUUAUGAUUACAUGAGGAACUAUGUGAUGGAGGAUUCGCCAGAGAGUUGAGUUGGACUAAGAGGAGGCAAGUCUUGUCUACCAAAGUGACCAAGAUCAUUAGCUUCAUUGCUAUGAUGAGUGUAGACGUAGACAAUGAGAUGCUGACGAAUUAAUGAUUGCUAUAGAGGUUUGGGGUGGAGUGAGUCUGGGAAGAGUGAGAGAAAGCUGCUGUAAGGGUGGGUGUAAAAGACUAGAGAUGUUCGAAAAUUGUGAGACAAAGAUAUGGAGAAGUUGACGUCCUCAAAGUAGGCCGUUUGAAAAGCAAUGCAGAGAUGACAAGCUAUCAGAUCAUAGCGGUGAUACCUAUGAUGCUCUAAGGUACACUAAAGAAACGCAGGCUCAUAAAAGAUUUCAAAGAAGAGACCUGCAGAUUGAAUUAGUCGUUGAAGUAUUGAAACGAGGCAAGUUCGAUGGGUAGCCAAUUUUGCCCCAUCCAAAGUUGCAGUAGGCGAGGAUCGCUUGUCUGGGAGAGAAGACCAACAACAAUAAUGGUAAUGACGGAAAGUAGGAAGUUAAAUGAACAAGCUUCAGGCAAGCAUCUCGGUGAUGACGUCAGGGAUGAUAAUGUAUGAGUCGUGGUAUGCAGUGAGAGGGUUUUUUUGGAGAUUACCAGAAUUCUCUCACGAGCAGAAGAACCAAGUUGUCUCCUCAUCAAUGAUAUCAGUAACAGUGUUGAUUCAAUCCCCUGCUCUUCUCUUGGACAAAAAAGGAAUAAUGUAUUCAAGAAAAAUAGAGAAAACAACGAACAGAUGGGAAUUAGUUCGAGAGAAUUCCCCACUCUCCCUUCCUCUCGUGCCACUUCUACCAUGAUACCCCUCUUAUUCACAGGGAAGGGGUAUUUAUACCUUUCAGCCCACUCCUUCAUGUUCACUCUUAUGUCAAACGUCUUAAGGGGUACUGUAUCAAGUGUCUUCCAUAGUACUCACAAAUAAAAUGAUAUUGCUAUUGAUCGUUACGCUGUGUCAGAUGAAUAAUGGGAAACCCAGUUGAUGGCAUGCAUAGCAUUAAUCUAGAUCUUGAUGCACCAGAGCUGGAUGAAGGACUAAAUAGAGUGCUCGCUCAGACAGGCUGUUGAACUCACUUGACAACUGGUUAUACUUGGGAGUACCAUUGGCCCAAUAUUGGACUGGGACUGAUCGAGCAAAUUUAUGUGGGAAGUAGUAAACCUUCAGCAAGUCCAGGUGAGUAAAACUUUGAUAAUAGGAUUAAAUCAAUGCACCUGUAACUUGAAUGAGUUGAAAAUUAGUAUGAUGGGGUAUGCUUACUCUGCUGGUGUAUGACAUAGAUAUUCAUGGGAUGCCAAUAUAUAUAAUUCACAGACUUUUCAUUGGUGAUUAUGCCUUUAGUUUUACAACUCCGAAUUUUUCGCAUACAUUUCUUCCCUUUGGCGGCUAUAGUUGGUCAAUAUCAAGAAAACAUGACUACCAGAAUUCAAAGUUAUUGGUUGGAAUAUGAUUCACGUUAAUUGAGCAUUUAAGUUUUGAAGAGAUAGAAAUAUCUUGGAAGUGUUUAGUGAAGUACUUUUGCUCUUAUUUUGUUAUGGUAUGAUCUAGCUUGAAAGUACGGCACUCAUCUUCCUUGCACAGGCUACUUGUGAACUGGCAUAUUUUAAUGAAAAGAAAGGUCGUCUAUGUUCUUAUAUUCUCGUGAUAUUUGGAGUUCUAUCAGAACCAAACAAACAUUUUUUUUGGGUGGGAUUCACAACUUAGGUUUUUAUGGACGGGAGGCUGGAUUGCUGUUCAUGUUUAAACAUGAGAAUAAUUAUAUGCUAUUUUAUGUAUCGUAUACACAUAGUUUUCAUGUUAUGUUGUACCAGAUAAUACUAUCAAUAGGACUUAGUUCUCUUGUAAUAUUUCAUUUCAUUCCUACAUCAAUUUAUCAUCAAGACCAAGGAGAUGCGUGCUUUAAAUCUUUUCGAAGGUUGUGAUCGCAGUGUUUACGUAAUUUCAGAUCUGUUGCCGCAUUGCUUAGCACCACGGAUUGUUUGUCUCCAAAACAAAGGAGAUGGCCAGAAGAUAUCGCUUGGCAUCCUGAUGGAGAUAGUUUAUUUGCUGUUUACACUGCUGAUGGUGGUGAUGCACAGAUAUCUAUUUUAGAUCUCAAUUCGUCGAAAGUAAGGAUACCUUCAUUUACUUUGCUUGACCUGUAUCUUCAUUUUUUUAAUCGAAAUUUGGAUACUACCUGCUUUAUUAGUUUUAUAUGGUAUUUGUUUAGAUGACUGCAAGCGAAGAUGAAUCAGAAUUUUGUGCGAUUAUUUGCGGAUGAUAUAUUCCAUGAGUAAUACUGUUGACAUGCUGGUGGUUAAAAGCUUUUACAAUUCAGAUUUCCCCUAAAAUAAUAUGCAUACGUUUGUGGAGAUGCACUGUUUUUUUAUUGUCAUAAUUAGUGAAAUAAUGAGAGUAAUUUUUGUAGUAUUUAGCUUUUUUCUUGAAUCAAGAUUGAUAGUUUUUGAAAGCUACGAGAAGUCUAGUGAAAUGUAUUGAUCCUUGGGCAGAAUAAAUUUUGGUUCAUCUGAUAAAUUGAGAUGCUUAAUUAAUUUAAUAUUUUUUUACUAACCUUCAGCAUAUUGAUAUUACAUGAAUUGUCUUUUUGACAGAAAAGAGUCACUUUCUUACCGGAAAGGCCUCAUAUUAAGGGGAUCAUAAACAGCAUACAGUUCAUGCCCAUGGCGGAUCUCUGUUUCGCUACCGGUGGGAGUGAUCAUGCUGUGAUACUCUGGCAGGGGAAAGACGGCGGAAACGAAUGGAAACCAAAGGCCGUGCAUAGGAACCUGCAUUCCUCUGCUGUGAUGGGGGUUGCUGGGUUGCAGCACAAGAAGCUUAUACUGUCUGUGGGUGUGGACAAAAGAGUCCUCGGGUUUGACUUGAUAGCAAACAGAGCCGAUUUCAAGCAUCAGAUUGAAUGCAAAUGCCUGAGUGUUCUCCCAAAUCCAUCUGAUUUCAACCUAUUUAUGGUGCAAACGGGGUAAGUGAGAUCACAAAUUGCAUUUCCUUUCCAACAUGCUCACAAUGAAUGCCUAGCGCCUAACAAUCAAUCACCAGAUAUGGGAUCACCAGAAUGUUUGAUAAAUUCUUGGGUUUUCUCAUAAUCUCAAGCUCUUGCCUUGUGUUGAUUUUUCACAUUGAUUCAGUCAGUCUCUGUGUCUUCCGUGGUAUUUCUGCUGGGACAUGAAACUGCCUUUCCGACAUUGCUGGAGUACUGUCGACAGACAACUAUGCAUCUUAGGGACUAACGAUUCCACUCGUUCUACUUUUACCCUUCUUGAUGGGAAUGAUGACUGGCUUUCAUCCAUUUAUUUUUCCCAGGUCUCCUGGGAAGCAGCUUCGGCUGUUUGACAUCAGACAGCGGCAGAAAGAGCUCCAUUCGUUCGGGUGGAAGCAGGAGAGCAGCGAGUCGCAGUCGGCCCUGAUAAACCAGGACUGGUCUCCUGACGGCCUGUACUUAACCUCUGGCUCGGCGGACCCCCGGAUCCACAUCUUUGACAUCCGGCACAACUCGCGUGGCCCUUCCCAGUCAGUGCAGGCCCACCAGAAGCGGGUUUUCAAGGCCGCGUGGCACCAGUCGGCCCCCUGGCUCAUCUCCAUCUCCUCGGACCUCAACAUCGGACUGCACAGGAUCUUGUAG